ACCGCUGUGCUGUCACUCCAGCACCACUAUUAUAUAGAUUCUAUACUCUGGGUAUACCACAGUUUUUCCAAACUCCAUUCCUAGAUAUUUAGGUAGAUUUCACUCUUUAAAUAUCUCAGAGGCAAACAUAUUUGUAAAUAAGCUACUGUGUUCACUCAUUUUGACCUUAAAUCUGAUUCCUAGAAGUGAAAUUGAUUAAUGGUCAGUACCUUUAUGGAAGAAAAAUUCUGAAUAAAACAGACUUUUAGAGUGAAACUCCAUAAUACUACAUUAAUGCUACACCAAUAAAAAAUAAUCAAAUGAUAAAUCCAUUUGGUAAUGAAUUAAGCUAUAUAGCACUCAAUCAUUUUUUGUUUUUUCUUCAGUACUCUUAAUUACUAAAGUGCAGGACCAGCACAAUAAUACAGAGGUAGGGCAUUUACCUUACAUGCAACCGACCUGGGUUCAAUCCCUGGCACCCCAUAUGGUCCCCUGAACUCCAUCAGGAAUGAUCCCUGGGAGCAGAGCAAGGAAUAGACCCUGGGCAUUGCUAGAUGUGGCCCCCAAACCAAAACAAGUAACCCCUCAAAGCAAGUCAAGCUCUUUAGCCAUUCUACUAUCUCUUGGCCCAGCAAAUUAAAAACAAAUUAUUUGCAGUACUGAGGAUUGGGGCAGAGCGAUAGCAGCAGGUAAGGCGUUUGCCCUGCACACGGCUGACCCAGGUUCGAAUCCUCCAUCCCUCUCAGAGAGCACAGCAAGCUACCGAGAGUAUCCCACCUGCACAGCAGAGCCUGGCAAGCUACCCGUGGCGUAUUUGAUAAGCGAAAAACAGUAACAAGUCUCACAAUGGAGACGUUACUGGUGCCUGCUCGAGCAAAUCGAUGAGCAACAGGAUGAUAGUGCUACAGUGCUACUGAGGAUUGAACUUGGGUCAUAAGUGUAACUUUUAACAUUCAUUUCUUGUUCGGUAAUCAUUUCUAGCUAUUAUUGUCAUCCUGGUCCCUUCUCUAUCUUACCUACCUUCAUCCCACACACACUUGUGGUCGAUUCUAACCAUGACUAGGCCUCCUAGUCCCUGUUUUCCCUGGCCAUGGAUGUUUUAUUUAUUAUUAUUAUUGUUUUUUUGCUUUUUGGGUCACACCCAGCGAUGCUCGGGUUUUUCCUGUCUCUGUGCUCAGGAAUUACUCCUGAAGGUGCUUGAGGGACCAUGUGGGAUGCCAGGGAUUGAACCCUGGUCGGCUGGGUGUAAGGCAAACACCCUACCCGCUGUACUAUUGCUCUGGCCCCAUGUUUUCUAUCUAUAUAUUUUUUAUAUACAACAAAUGAAUGCAGUCCUUCCUCCUGAUUCAUUUCACUCAGCAUAAUAUUCUCUAACUCCAUUCAUUUAUACGUAAAUUUCAUGACUUCAUUUUCCCUAACAGUUGUUUAGUAGUAUUACAUUGUGUAGAUGUGCCAUAGUUUCUUUAUCCAUUCGUUUGUUCUCGGGCACUCAGGUUGUUUCCAGAUUCUUACUGUUGUGAAUAGUGCUUCAAUGAAUAUAGGGUGCAGAUGGUGUUUCUACUAUGUGUUUUGGGGCCCUGAGGGUAUAUUCCCAAAAGUGGUAUUGCUGGGUCAAAUGGGAGCUCAAUUUCUAGUUUUCUGAGGAGUGCCCAUAUUGUUUUCCAAAAAGGCUGGACCAGUCGGCAAUCCACCAACAAUGAAGGAGAGUCCCUUUCUCCCCCACACUCAUGCCAGCACUGGUUGCUCUUAUUCUUUUGGAUGUGUGCCAGUCUCUGUGGUGUGAAAUGAUAUCUCAUUGUUGUUUUGAUCUGUAUCUCUCUGAUUAUGUGUAAUGAAGAGCACUUUUUCAUGUGUCUUUUGGCCGUUCGAAUCUCUUGAGAAAGUUUCUGUUCUUCUCCCCAUUUUUUGAUGGGUUUGGAUUUUUUUUCUUGUAAAGUUCAACCAGUGCCUUGUACAUCUUUGAUAUUGACCCCUUAUCAGAAGGGUAUUAGGUGAAUAUCCUUUCUCAUUCCAUAGAUUGUCUUUGUAUCUUGGUCACUGUUUUUUUUGAGGUGCAGAAGCUUCUUAGUUUAAGAUAGUCCCAGUUGUUUAUCUUUGCUUCCACUUGCUUGGUCAGUGGCAUUUCAUCUUUGAAGAUACCUUUAUCUUCAAUAUCGUGGAGGGUUUUGCCUAAGUUUUAUUCCAUGUAUAUUGUUGGUUCAGAUCUGAUAUUGAGGUCUUUAAUCUAUUUUGAUCUAACUUCUGUGCAUGAUAUUAGAGUUCUGUAUCCAUUUUUUUUUGCAUACUGUAACUGUCCAGUUUUACCAGCACCACUUGUUAAAGAGGCUUUUCUUGCUCCACUUCACAUUUUUUGCUUUCUUAUCAAAGAUUAAAUGAUCACAUAUUUGAGAGUGUAUGGCAGGAUAUUCAACCCUAUUCCAUUAGUCUGGAGGUCUGUUUCUACCCCAAUACCAUGCUAUUUUAAUCACUAAUAUUUUGUAGUACAGUUUGAAGUUGGGGAGAGUAAUACAUUUGAAGUUCUAUGGGAGAAUUCAUUUGUGUGUGUGUGUGUGUGUGUGUGUGUGUGUAAUACUGCCUUGCAAUAUGCAUGAUACCUGUAUCCUACUUCUCCCCUCUCCUCCCAAGCAUUUGACAGCAAAACUGUCCCUGUCCCAUACACUUCCAAACUGCUCCUAGGGAUGGCAGGGUCCCUUCAUACCAUCAUCUUCUCUCAUUCUCUUCUCUUUUUGUCUUUGCUUUCGUUUGCUUGGGUUUUGUGUUAAUCCAACAGUGCUCAGAUCGUACUCGGGGUGCUCAGGGGUCACUCCCAGCAGAGCGCGGGGGACGGUGUGUGGUGAACAGCAAUCAAACCUGGGCUGGACAAGUGCGAGGGAAGCGCGCCUGUUCUCUCUACCCCAGGACGUUUGUCUUUGUCUUUCUCACCCGACCUCCUUCGGAGCCUUGCCCCUCGCCUGGAAAGCCCGUCCCCACGUUUGCUUUGCAUUCUUCGUGAGCCCGUGGAUCCCGUCACCUCCGAAUUCCUAUGCAGUUUCGUUCUCGCUGUCCUGGACCGUACUUUUUUGUUGUUGUUGUUUGCAGCGAUGCUUAUGCCAGUUUGAGAUUUCCUCGGGGCUUCGGUUUGUCGAGUGUGUCCAGUGUCCGCACCCCUGGGACCAUGCCCAGCUCGGACACUGGCCGGCCAGGAACCAUCGACUCCCGUAAAACUAGCCAGAGUCGGACCCCCGGGGCCCGACGCCCACCGGGAAACAUCGGUUACGGGGCGGGGAGGCGGGUAUCUCGGCGCCCGAGCAAGCGGAGUUGAGCGGGCGCCGCGGGUCCACCCUCCGGAUGCGCAUCCCCGGGGCACGCCGGCCCGGCGGUCCCGGCCUCCGCAGCGCGCGUGCGCGGGCCGGCCGACCACCGAGAGGAGGUGGCGGAGAGAGCGGCCGGAUGCGGUCACCAUAGAGACGGGGCCGGCGGCUGGCGGAAGAGGAAGGGAUGCGCGCCGGCCGGUGAGGUGGCAGCGGCUUCAGCGGCGGCGCUGGCUCCGGGCCGGCCCUGGGGUCUGUGCCCUCCUCCACCCCCGCUUCCAGAGGGGCGUCCGGGGGCGCCGCGCCCGGCCCAGGAGCGGGCGCGUGUCCCGGUGCCCACGCCCGCGGGCCGCGGUUUGCUGCCGGACACGGGGCGGCCGGCCCUGAUGGCCGAGAGGUAGAGCCGGGCCGUGCCCCACCCGCCCGGCCGGGCUGCGGCGGGGAGCCCCCCUCGCGGCGCGCGCCGGCCGCGCCCCGCCCCGCUGCAGCCCCCGUGCGUGGGUGCCCGCUGGCUCCCUCCGGGGGCGUCCCGGGAGGCCGCCUCGGCGGGCCGGGGUGUCGCUCUGCCGAAUCAUUAGCUGCCCGGCCCCCCGCCCACCUGCCAUCCCCUCCGUGGGGCUCCGUGGGUCGGGUUCCGCGGGACCGCGUUUUACUUUGCUCCCCCUCUGCCGGGAGACGGGAACCGGCGCUGGCGUCUGCGCGCCGCCGUGACUGCAUGACCGGACCCCGGACCUGGGUCGGGACGGACUCAGGGUGGGCCUCCCAGGGGCUGCCGGGGCUGGGUAUCCCCGUGCCCCGGGGUCCCCGUGUGCGGCCGCACCCCUCCUGCUGACCUGGCGCCGCCAGCCCGCCGGCCCCCCUCGAGCUGUGGUUUCGGGGCUGCACGUGGCAGGGCCGGGCACCACCAUGCGCCUGAACGCCCUGUUGGCGCUGCUGCGCCCAGCGCUGCCCCUCAUCCUCGGGCUGUCUCUGGGGUGCAGCCUGAGCCUCCUGCGGGUUUCCUGGAUCCAGGGGGAGGGCCCCGAUCCCUGCGAGGAGGCCGUGGGGGAGCCAGGAGGGCGGCAGAACCCCGCAGCACCGUGGCGGCUUGACCAAAGCGAUGAAGACUUCAAGCCGCGGAUUGUCCCCUACUAUAGGGACCCCAAUAAGCCCUACAAGAAGGUGCUCAGGACUCGCUACAUCCAGACCGAGUUGGGCUCCCGGGAGCGGCUGCUGGUGGCGGUUCUCACUUCCCGGGCCACGCUGUCCACUCUGGCCGUGGCCGUGAACCGCACGGUGGCCCACCACUUCCCUCGGUUGCUCUACUUCACCGGGCAGCGGGGGGCCCGCACGCCGGCCGGCAUGCAGGUGGUGUCCCACGGCGACGAGCGGCCGGCCUGGCUCAUGUCCGAGACGCUGCGCUACCUGCACACCCACUUCGGAGCCGACUACGACUGGUUCUUCGUCAUGCAGGACGACACGUACGUGCAGGCCCCCCGCCUGGCGGCCCUGGCCGGCCACCUCAGCAUCAGCCAGGACCUGUACCUGGGCCGGCCCGAGGAGUUCAUCGGCGCGGGCGAGCAGGCCCGUUACUGCCAUGGGGGCUUCGGCUACCUGCUGUCCCGCAGCCUCCUGCUGCGCCUGCGGCCACACCUGGACGGCUGCCGAGGGGACAUCCUCAGUGCCCGGCCCGACGAGUGGCUGGGCCGCUGCCUCAUCGACUCCCUGGGCGUCGGCUGCGUCUCGCAGCACCAGGGGCAGCAGUACCACUCGUUUGAGUUGGCCAAGAACGGGGACCCUGAGAAGGAGGGGAGCCCGGCUUUCCUGAGUGCCUUUGCCGUGCACCCUGUCUCGGAGGGAACCCUCAUGUACCGGCUGCACAAACGCUUCAGUGCGCUGGAGCUGGAGCGCGCCUACAGCGAGAUCGAGCAGCUGCAGGCUCAGAUCCGGAACCUGACGGCGCUGACCCCGGAAGGGGAGGCGGGGCUGAGCUGGCCCGUGGGCCUCCCGGCGCCCUUCAGGCCGCGCUCGCGCUUCGAGGUGCUGGGCUGGGACUACUUCACGGAGCAGCACACCUUCUCCUGCGCCGACGGCGCGCCCAAGUGCCCGCUGCAGGGGGCCAGCCGGGCCGACGUGGGCAACGCCGUGGACACGGCCCUGGAGCAGCUGAACCGGCGCUACCAGCCGCGCCUGCGUUUCCAGAAGCAGCGGCUGCUCAACGGCUACCGGCGCUUCGACCCGGUGCGGGGCAUGGAGUACACGCUGGACCUGCUGCUGGAGGCCGUGACGCAGCGUGGGCACCGGCGGGCGCUGGCGCGCAGGGUCAGCCUGCUGCGGCCGCUGAGCCGCGUGGAGAUCCUGCCCGUGCCCUACGUCACCGAGGCCACGCGCGUGCAGCUGGUGCUGCCGCUGCCCGGUGCCGAGGCGGCGGCCGCCCCCGCCUUCCUAGAGGCCUUCGCGGCCGGCGUCCUGGAGCCCCGCGAGCACGCGCUGCUCACGCUGCUGCUGGUCUACGGGCCGCGCGACGGCCGCGGCGCCCCUGACCCCUUUCUCGGGGUGAAGGCGGCCGCGGCGGAGCUGGAGCGCCGCUACCCGGGGGCCAGGCUGGCCUGGCUCGCCGUGCGCGCCGAGGCCCCGUCGCAGGUGCGCCUCAUGGACGUGGUCUCCAAGAAGCACCCCGUGGACACCCUCUUCUUCCUCACCACCGUGCGCACCCGGCCGAGCCCCGAGGUGCUGAACCGCUGCCGCAUGAACGCCAUCUCGGGCUGGCAGGCCUUCUUCCCCAUCCACUUCCAGGAGUUCAACCCCGCCCUGGCCCCCCAGCGGCCUCCCACGGGCGCCGGCGGCGCCGACCCCCCCUCCCCGCCCGGCGCUGACCCCGCCCGGGGCGCCCCCGCGGGGGGCCGGUUCGACCGGCAGGCGUCGGCAGAGGGCUGCUUCUACAACGCGGACUACCUGGCGGCACGGGCCCGGCUGGCCGCCGAGCUGGCGGGCCAGGAGGAGGAGGAGGCCCUGGAGGGGCUGGAGGUGAUGGACGUUUUCCUCCGGUUCUCGGGGCUCCACCUCUUCCGGGCCGUGGAGCCGGGGCUGGUGCAGAAGUUCUCGGCGCGCGAGUGCAGCCCGCGGCUCAGCGAGGAGCUGUACCACCGCUGCCGCCUCAGCAACCUGGAGGGGCUGGGCGCGCGCGCGCAGCUGGCCCUGGCCCUGUUCGAGCAGGAGCAGGCCAACAGCACCUAGCCGCCGCGGGGAGACACGCACGGACAGACGGAGCGCGUGGUGCUGGAUUUUUUUUUUUUAAUAAGAAAAUGUUAUUAAACAUGUUUUCUGCCAAA